CUCACACAUGAUCCGGCAGCAUCCAUCUCUCCGGAUGCGUCUUGAUUCCCGCCUCUCCGCGGCAUCAGCACCAGUGAGGAUAAUGCAGAGCGGAGGGAUGGUGAAGACAUGAGCAAAUCCAACAGAUUUCGAUGGAGUCCUCUUUCAACGCCGUAGAGCUCCGGGAGCUGCGGGGCGGAGGAGUCCAGCGAGGCGUGUCUCCGACGCCGGCCUCAGCGCCCUGGACAGCGGCCACAGCCCGGGGCUUCGAGAACGCCUCCUACCAGCAGGACGAGGAGCACGAGCACUGCCAGCAGGGGGUGACUGAACCGCAGGGUUGUCCGCCCUCAACUUCAGACAACAGCAAGCGGGAGCAGCAGCAGCAGCAGCAGCAUCAGGAGCUCUCUCCGCGGUCCUACGAUGAGGAGGAAGGAGGUGGCGGGCAGGAGGACGGCCCGGACUUUACUGAGUUCAACCCCGCUGACGACCACUCGGCCGACUACGGCUUCAUCUUCGCCCUGGUGUUCCUGGUGAGCGGGAUCGUCCUGGUGGUCAUCGCCUACACCAUCCCGCGAGAGGCCAAAGUCGACCCGGACUCGGUGUCGGCCCGCCAGAUGGAGAAGCUGGAGAUGUACUACGCCCAGCUGGGCUCCCACCUGGACAAGUGCAUCAUCGCGGGCCUCGGCCUGCUGACACUGGGGGGGAUGUUCCUGUCCGUGCUGCUCAUGGUGUCCAUCUGCCGGGGAGAGAUGUACCGACGCAGGGCAGCGUUUGUUCGACCCAAGAGGACUUACGGCUCCAUCAACCUGAGGAUGAAGCAGCUGGCGACUGGAGAGGCAGAAGGAGGCGGCGAGGGCGGGGACGGAGCAGAGGAGUUUCUGGCGGAACACGCAGAGACACGGAAUAACAUACAGCCGGGCUCAUAA